GCUCCGCCUCACUUUUAAACUCUGAAACUCUUCAUCAAUGAUUCACUCUCUUGAAGUCGACCGUCCUUCGUGACCUUCUAACAACAGCUGAGCGCUGACCUCAGAUCAGCUCCUGACUGCCUGCACGCUGAUCUCCUCAUCCUCUGCGCACAGGUCUGUCGAACACUGAUGCUGACUCUCCAGUGGGAGUGGAAUGGAUAAUAGCCAUGGCACACUGUAAUUUGCGGUCACCGUCCUCCUCUUCUCACGAUAAUGUCAACCUGGGACCUUCAGCAAACCCACAUGCCAGGCCCACUGACUUUGACUUCUUGGCUGUCAUUGGCAAAGGGACCUUUGGAAAGGUCCUGCUCGCCAAGCUCAAAGCCGACAACAAAUUCUACGCCGUCAAAGUGCUGCAGAAGAAAGUCAUCCUGAAGAAGAAAGAGCAAAAGAACAUUAUGGCAGAGAGAAACGUGCUGCUGAAGAGUCUGAAGCACCCGUUUCUGGUUCGGCUCCAUUACUCCUUCCAGACCCCAGAGAAACUCUACUUUGUCCUCGACUAUGUAAAUGGGGGAGAGCUGUUUUUCCACCUGCAACGAGAGAGAUGUUUCUCUGAGCCCAGAGCGCGGUUCUACACCGCAGAGGUAGCGAGCGCCAUCGGCUACCUUCACUCUCUCAACAUCGUUUACAGAGAUCUGAAACCAGAGAAUAUUCUUUUAGACUCUCAGGGCCAUGUGGUGCUGACAGAUUUUGGGCUGUGCAAAGAGGGUGUAGAGCCAGAGGGAACUACCUCUACUUUCUGUGGGACUCCAGAGUACUUGGCUCCAGAGGUUCUGCGUAAAGAACCAUAUGACCGGACAGUGGACUGGUGGUGUCUGGGAGCAGUACUUUACGAGAUGAUCUACAGCCUGCCUCCUUUCUACAGCCGUGACGUCGGUGAAAUGUAUGAUGCGAUUCUCCACAAGCCACUGCUGAUGCCUCCAGGGAAGUCUGAGGCUGUCUGCUCUCUGCUGGUGGGUCUACUGCAGAAGGACCAGCACAGGCGCCUCGGGGCCAUCGCUGACUUUUUAGAAAUAAAGAACCACACCUUCUUCUCUCCAAUUAACUGGGACGACCUUUACCACAAGAGAAUCACUCCUCCUUACAACCCUAAUGUGAGAGGCCCAGCUGACACUCAGCAUAUUGAUCCAGAGUUCACCAGAGAAAUGGUUCCAAACUCGGUGAGCCGGACCCCAGAGCUCAACGCCAGCACCAGCUCCAACAACGCCUUCAAUGGGUUCUCCUUUGUCGCCAGUGAGGACAGUUUUCUGUGAGACACCAAGAUCCUGACAAACAGAUCCAACAGAGUGAUCAUGCCUCUUUUGAGUUUAGAUCUCAUGAGAAUAAGAGUUCCUCAUAUACUAUGGUAACCACUGCAGAAGUCCCACAGUGCAUCUGUCGUGUUUGACUGCUGCAGGGAUUUCCAAACUGUUGACGCUGUAGCAAAGAAGUGGGGCUUGUAUAAAACAAAAUGCCUGCAGUGAAAACAUUUAAGGUUCAAAUAUUUAGAACUUUUUUCCUGGAUAUUUUCCCAGGCCUACUCUUAGAGAGGUUGCAGAGAAUCUCAGCAAAUAUACAAUGCUCAUAAAAGCCGUGCAAAUUAUUUUUAUUCCAUUCAUUUGUAAAGGAACGCAGAACAUGUGAGGCUGGAUUUACACAAAAGAUGAUUCUUUCAUGCACAUCUCUUCAAAAAAAAAAAAAAAAACACAACAGACUUAGUGUUGUCUGUCUCACUGAUCCCAUUUUUAUAGAACACAGAUCCAAAUGAACAUAUUCACAAAUUUUAUGUGAACACAAAUAUAAUAACCCAUGGGUUCAACCAAAGCUUUAAAACUGAGAAUGACAUCCAGAAAGGAAAAAAGUAAUUAAAGCAAUUAAAAUUAAAAUAAAUAAAAAUCUGGUCUCACACUUACCUACUAGAGAUGUAUGAUAUGCUAAAGACCAUUGCUGAAAUGACUGGCAGCCUCUGCUGACUUUUAUUAUACUGUUCUGCACAUAAAACAGAAGUUGUAAAGGGAUGCCAGUCUAAGUCUGUGAUGCAGGUGACUGAUAGUAAAAUGAAUUCUAAUAUGUUUUUCUUCUUCCUUAAAGACCUGAAGAAACUCUUUAACCAAAGAAACAGAGGAGGUGAGAAAAACAGCUAAAAAUAGUCUUACUAACUGAAAUAUAACAGCUGGUGUGUAACACUGGCCACUAUUCCUCACAGCAGUGAUCCUGUUUGUUAAUGUACCAAAUAUCGUGAGAAGUGAAUUUGCCGAUGUCGCGCUGCUGUUAAGAAACGUUCCAUAGUGCAGACUUGAAAUGUCUGUCAACUACACUGCAGUGUGCACAUUAUGUGGAUUAUGUGGUUUGUUAUGCAGAUUAUAGUUUUGUCUUCUGUAUUGGAGGAAAGUCCUCACCUAUGUUUGUCUUGAGAUUAUUUUAUCCUGUAGAUAGCAUACAGUGGUUUUAAUUAGUUUUAAGUCAUGAUAUGUAACAGGCUAGGACAGUUCAUGUUAUGAAAAUACUGUAUCUAGCAUCUGUAAAUGUACAGUAGCAGCUUUGCAAUAGGAUUAUGUACAGUGGUAAUGUGAUUUUAUCAGUGUAAAGCAUGAAGUGCCUCUCUGCCUUGGAAAUGAAGUUGGUGAUGGAUGGAGGUUGAUGUUAGCAGUGAUGGGUGCAUCUGAUGUCCUUGAAUUUCAUUUUCAUUAUUUCACUCAUAUACAUUUAAAAGUCUUAUUUUGCAUCUGAUAUUAAAGAAGUCCCAGUGUACUCCAACUGUAUUGCAAUGCCGGAAGAUAUCAUGGUAUUAUUUUCCUCCUUUAAAAAUGUUUGUUCAAAGUUUUUACUUCACAGAAUACUGUGUCAGAUGCUUUUCUAUGAAACCAAACACACUAACAGGGAAAUAAUUUAUUUCCUUGGAAGACAACUUUCAUCAAUUCCUUUAAAUGGUCUCAAUGAUUAAUGGAAAAACUCUCGGGGACAAAUACUGCUCUGACUCUUCCAGUUCGCCACGGGCCUUCCAAAAACUGUAACCCUGCAUGCCAAGCUGUUAUUCCCUGACUGAUCCUGUAAACAGAGGGGUUGACGUUGCACACUGUUGGGUCAUGCUGCCAGCAGCAGCAUCAUUGUGGGCUGAUGACAGUGGUGGCAAAAAUCUAUAUGUGUGUGUGUGUGAGUGUGUGUGUACAUAGAAAACCUGUUAAUAAAUCAAACAGCUGUCAAAACA